AUGUUGAACGCUUCCUAAUUAUUGUUUGCCCGUAACAUUUCCAAGGCUAUGGUUAGAUUCAACAUGCAUUGUGGUAUUCCAGGUGAAAACUUGCCCUUCAGCUUGAAGAACCGUUACAAGCUUACAGCCAUUUUCACCACAUUCACCGUUUUGGGUUUCGGCUCACCCUUCUUUAUUGUCAGACAUCAAUUGUUGAAGGCCUAAACAACAAGGAGCAUAAAUUUUAGUUUAUUUGUUUGGUGUUAAGGCAAAAGUGAUGUCAAAUCAUUAACCAAAAA